AUGGACACCAAGACACAGAGCCUUUCCAACACCCACACCCAGCCCCGCAGCAACUCUUGGCCCCAAAGCCACACCUGCAACCAGUGCAGCUGCAGCCACCACUGCCAGAACUGCAGCCAGAGCUGCAGCCGGAGCCAGAGUUGCAGCCGGAGCCGGACUUCCAGCCAGAGCCGGACCUCCAGCCAGAGCCCGACAGGCCACCGCAGCCUACCUGGCUACCAGAGCCAGAGUCCAAGCCCUAGCCCACCAGUGAGGCAUUACAAACACACCAUGCACUCCCACCACUGCCCUAUGCGGCUCACCACCCAUUCCUGCAGCCACUCCAAGAACAGAAAGAACUUGGAAGGAAAGGUAAACAAGAGGAAACUGGUCAAGAGGAGCCGGCAGGUGUACAAAGCGAAGAGGCGGAGCUCAGGUAUCUUUCAAGCUAGUGGGGGAAGGGCCACAGGGGCCCCCAGACUAAGGAGAGCAGCCCAGCUGGACCCUGAGGAGGGGCAGUGA